CUUCACUAUAAAUACACUACUAGCUACCACAAUAUAACUCACAAAACCAGAACUAGCAAAUUCAAUAUAUCUAUAACAAUAUAAAUCUCUCUUUCUUUGUUCCAAAAAUAACAAGAAAACCAAUCACCAUCGACAUGAAGCUAAAUGUGGUGAUCAAGGUGGCACUGGACGACAAGAAGUCCCGCACCAAAGCCAUUAAGACUGCAGUCGGAGUUGAUGGAGUAACACAGGCAACACUUCAGAAUGAGAAGAACCAAAUAGAAGUAACGGGAGAAGAUAUCGAUGUGGUUUUGCUGACCACUCUGCUACGGAAGAGCUUGAAAUAUGCGGAAGUGGUGAGCGGGAGUCCCAUUGAUAAGAAAAAGGAAGAAGAGAAGAAGAAUAAUAAUGAAGUAGUUGGUCAACUGAUUUGGCAUCCUUACGUGACCACAGCGUCGUAUUACCAGAUGCCUGAUCCUGGAUACGUCUCCUACCACCACGACCAACCCUCCUCUUGUUCCCUUAUGUAAUUUUUUUUAAUUAUUAAUUAUUAUUAUUUUUUAGAGAAGGGAUCCAUCCAAACAAGAGACAGAAGACAAAUGGGUCGUACUUUUAGCCUAGUCACUAGUUAAAAUUGGUUAUAUAAAUGUUGAGCUGAAGAUUAUUUAAGGGUCAUUGGUUUUUCAAUUCGUUAAAUUCACAAUCACACGUAGUAUUCUAAAAUCCAACUAUGCUCUUUCAACUAUAUACGUCCCUCUUUUCUGUAUUUUUCUUGUUUAAAUGGGAAAAUUUAUAUUAGUGUCAUAAUGUGUAGAAUGUAGAGCAAGAGUUGUAUUUUGCUUUUUUUUUUUUUUUUUGAUAAUAUGGACUUGGUAUAUAUAAUAUAAUUUGCUUUCAUUUAA